GAAGAAACUUUACCAAAAAAGCGCAGACUUUGAAGAUCUUCCGCAUGGUUGGCUUCUGUCUCCCCUUGGCUUGGGUCCAACAUACAACACAACUCUACCCCUCGGAGAGUGAUCUCAGUGUGUUGUUAAUUUCUGUUCAUUAAGUCAGAAAAUAGCCAGGUUUAAUGUUCGAGCGAGGCACAAAAUUAAUUAAACAUUUAUCAAAAUCAACGCCGCCUCUCAGGGCCUCUCCGCGAUAACAGCGAAGAUCUGAAUAUAUUCGAAUAUAUGUGUUUACUCGUACCGCCAAAGCUCGAUGACAUUUGGGCAUUUUAUGAGCAUGACCACCAUUGUUUCUGGCUUUCGGGGAUCGCUUAACUCUUGUCAUUGUACUAGUCAAAGUACCAAUGCCGCCGCACUGAGAGUCUCUUGGCCGAAAUCGUAAACGAAACCGAAAACGAUGCCACAAAUUCCAAUUUCAAUUCCAAGCUGCGACUUCUGAUACAGACGUGGACGUCAACAUCAGUUCGCCUGUCGUUCCGAAAUGAAAAAUGCUCAAAAUCCGACACAAAAAACGAAGAAACACUUUGGCUCGUUAUUCUUGGCCUGAGUUUUACUUUUUUUCGGGGCUCUCGUUUUUGCCUGAUACGAAUUCGGACUUGGACGCGGACGUGGAUGUGGAUGUGGAUUGCUUGGAUGUUGUUGGGCAUAUCGCUCGACUUGGCCCAGCACUUGAAUUGCACUUGAGUGCUGUAAAUAUUUUUUAAGGCUGCCAGCCAGGAGACUUGAAACCGAAACGAAUCUCGAAUGCCCUCCCUGAAGGCAGAUGAGCUCCGAAAACUGAGUGGAGAUGAGCCUGGCUUAUUAUGAGGUCAGCGGCGGGCUUUUGAAGUUCUCAUUGCCGCCUGUCAGCAGGUCACUUCACAUCGAUAUCUAUUGACAAUGUUGGCCAGGGGAAAGCCAAAAUAUUUCUGGGUUGGCUUGGGAUUCUACGAAAAACAGCAGAUAUCUAAAACUGAUCAUUUAAUAGAAACG